AUGUCGAAAGAAGUGACGGAAUAUACUCCUAUAAAAUUAAUUGUUCGGUAUCGCGAUGAAGCUUCAAUUGGAUUAAUUUAUCAACCAUUAGAUUAAUCAUAACCCAUUAUGAUUUACAAGAUUAUACUAAAGAAUAUUUAUUCAAUAGAGAAUCCUACUCGAAAUGGCAUAAAAGAGAGGAUUUUCGCAGAUCAUCCUUUUCUUUUUAGAUCUAAAAAAAUGGAAGAGAAUGUAAGAUAACAUUUCUUAAAAUUAGAUAGAGCAAGCAUUAAAAUAGAUAUUCUAAGAAAGGGAAGAUAGGAUAUGUAAAAUUUAGUAUUUAUAGUAGAAAUGCAAUAAAAAAAUGAUGAACUAAACGCUCAUGAAAAUAAAGAAGGAACUGCAGCCACAAUGCCAACUACAAAAAAAAAAUGA